AUGCGGAAUGACCACCUUGAUCUGGACAAUGUCCACCCUCUGCUAAUACUUCGCCUACGACCUGCCACCCCAGUUCUCCCUCCACCUCACGCCACGACCCCGACCAACAUCACCACGACGACGGGGGAUCCGUCCGCACCGUCCAUCAUCCCUCUGGCCUUCGACGCCGUCCUGCACGCCGGCAACCGCCGCGCCACGGAACGGUGCUACCACCACGGAGAGGCGGCUGUGGCCUACGGCGGCUUCACCCUCGCGUCAGGCCGGACGCUGGACUUCUGCGUGCCGUGGAAAGGGGCGCGGGAGGUGCCCUUCAAGCUUUCGUGGGUCUGGGACGACGGUGCUGGCCGCCUGCACGAGCACCUGCGUGGCCGCAUUGCGGCGGCAGAGAGAGCCGGCGCCGUGGAGCUCGAGCUCCAGGUGAGACUCCUCCAAGGAGACGACAGGCCGACAUGGAUCUCGUGCAAAGCGAGGAUGGGUGUAUCGCAUGGCGUCGUGACACCAUGCCCGUGCACCGUGCUCGCUUUGCAGAACUGGUUUUCGCAUCUAGCCUAGAACAGCAGAGUUAGUGCAACCUUAGAAUUUCUUUAUUCUAGCGUGCAUCGAAUAUUGCUGGCAUGUUGCAACAGGCAAAAAUCUGGAGAGUUUCCAUAUAUUCAGUGCGUGCGCACACGUCAGUUUCUGUGCAGGUUUCCUAGA